AUUCGAUUCACCAAAAAGAACCGUUUGUUCGCGAAAAACUCGCCACUACUGUCUUCAGUUCAGCUAGCUACACUUGAAAACAUGUUCGCUACGGUCCACAUGAUGGCAAUGUCAAGGUUACCCCCGGCAGCGCUUACAUUAAAACAGUUUCUACAGAGGCAGAAAGUGUUAGGUCUGUACAGAAACAUGUUGAGGACUAUCAGACAGGUGCCAGACGAGGGAGACCGAACUUACUUAAGAAAGUGGGCGAGAGAUGAGUUCAAGCGGAAUAAAAAUGCCACAAAUCAGGACGCAGUCCGAAUGAUGAUCACACAGGCGAACAUGCACCUUGAUGAACUACAGUCUUCCCUCGCAUUGGCUAACGUUAAGAAAUAAUGUCCCCAGCCUGGAACUAAGAGAAUUGAGUUAAUCCACAUCCACAUUCUUGCUGAAAGUGAAUGCCCAAAGCUCAGCUUUUGCCUCAAACUGACUGUAGAUGGGCAGCAAGAAAACAUGGGGAAUAACACUUGGAUUGUUGGGACAGCUUAUUGCCACUCUUCCACAAACUAUAUGUCAGCGAAUGUGGUUUAGACACAGCCAUUCCAUGUCUCGAGGAGGCUCCUUUGACAUUUUCAUUUGCCUGGAUAAAUCUAACGGGGAGGGGCACAUUAUGUUAUUUGCAUUUAUGUCCAACAUUGUACUGCUUGGCUCAUGUUGGGCUACAGUACAGGAAUAUAUGUGUCCAAAAGGCCCCUUAUGAAAUGUAUUGGAUAUGUAAAACAUAAAACCAUGUUGUAGUUUAUUUCUUUACAAAAUACAUUAGACCAUUUAGUUACAGACUUAAUUAUUACACUGAAGGUAUAUCAACAAAGACACCAAUGUACAGUGACCUCACAUCAACAGAACAAAUGUCACAGAUCUCUGACACUAUGCACAGUUGUAUUUUAUGAAUGUGUGCUUUUCAUCAUGCAAACAUGGUCUUCUUAACAGUCAGUCAUUUUAGUGCUCCGGAUGGCAUUGGGGGGGUAUGAACUGAGGUAUAUUUUGCGAGAAAACAAGUAUGACACACAUUUAAUAGGACAUCUUACCUACCUUUUGACCUGGAGAAAAGCAUUAAGAAUAGAAAGCAUGUUUUCCAGAGUGAAAAUGUUCUUGCUAGAACAGCUGGUUGUGGAGAUGUUGCUAUCAAAGAAAUGUCCAAUAGUGGGUUGUGGCAAAAGUGAGUAGUAGUGUUAUUAAAGUUUCAAGUUUCUUUCA